GGCCGUGCACCCUGGCCGUGCGAGAGGGCUGAAGUUCGACUAAAUGACACGCUGCGUUUUGUGUUGCACGGCCAGAAUGGUGAUAUGCACGGCCGUGCACCCUGGCCGUGCGAGUCGGGAUUUCCUGGUUUUAAGCCAAAUUCCGAACCAAAGAAGGGGGAUUCGAGUUUUUGAGAGAGAGAUCAGUUCCUAGAGAGAGAAAGUGACGAGCAAGAGUUCCCAAGUGCCCUAGAUUGAUCUUCAACACCAUUGGAGGCCAGCUUGAGCUUGGAGAAGUGCCAAUCAACGUCCAGAAGCAGGAAUCCAUCCUUUGCAGUAUGAAUUCCGUGUCUGAUUCUGCUUUUGCUUUCUUCUCUAUGGAGUAGUUCUCCCAUUCAUCUGGGUAUGGAGAACCCUAGAUUUGUAUGUUAGGCUUUGAUUGUAUGAACCCAAGUACUGAUUCUGUGAUUGAUUAUAUUCGAUUGAGGUUUUAAUGAUUGAAUGACUUGAAUCCUGAUCAAAUUCCUGUUGUUUCUGCUUUAACCUAGAAUGAGAAUAUCUGCCUAGGUUAAUAGAGUAUCCUUGAUUGAAGGUAGGGAGUUAGUGACUUUAGUCGAGGAACCAACUCACUAUUCUGUACCGGAUUUACUCCGGUAGUGGAGGUUUUGUUCUUAGGGCCUCAAUCUGUCGACUCCGGUGGAGGUUAGUCGCCCGCUAGAGAGUCAGAUUGAGAGGGUCUGAAGACCUUUAGUCGAGACUUCAGGCUGUUUAAGAACCUUCCGCAGUAUAACUGUCAUAGAAACUGAACUUGGUAAUUACAAUCCGGCUUAACUGCAGUCUAGGGGGAACCAUAUCCGGGUGACCUCUCUUAACCUGAAUACAACCAGUUUACUUGCUUUGUUUGUUUGGUAGUUUAGACUUGCACUCCAGUUUUAUUGCUAGAUAACAAGAACUCACUGAGUAGUCAGCAAAUCUAGGACCCGGGUUGAUAAUUAAACCUAAACCCGCUAUACUACGCUUUAGGAAGUGGUUACACUUGGCCAAUUCCUGGAGUGACAGUAGAGUCGAGUCAAUGCUCCUGACCCUGAGUUGGGAGAGGAUGUCACCAUUUGGGGCUUGGAGAAGGAUGGAAGGUUCAGCCUGAAGUCAGCAUACAGGCUGGUUGCUGACAUAGAGGAACAGAAGGAUGAUGGAAGAUGGAAAGCUGUUUGGAAGUGGAGAGGGCCAAGCAGGAUCAAACACUUCCUUUGGAUGGCAACCCAUGAGCGCCUCCUCACCAACAAAGAGAGGGAGAAAAGGAAGCUGACAACUUGCAACUUGUGCAACCACUGUAAUGAAGAAGAAGAAACAAUAGAGCACAUUCUCAGGAAGUGCAAAAAAGCUAAGAGCAUUUGGGAAACGUUUCAGAACAAGGAGUCUACUGUGAGUAGAAGCCUAAACUUCACUGAUUGGCUGCUACACAACAUCAAGUGUGAUGAAACUGCCACAGAGUUUGGGAUCAUCUGUUGGCAACUUUGGAAGCAAAGAAAUGAAGAGGUGAUGGAAGGGUGUGCAUUCAUGAAAGAGAGUGUCACAGCUAAAAUCAAAGCAUGGUUCAAUAUAGUGAAUCAAGCUCAAGCCAACCAGCAGAAGACAGCAGGUUUUGUCCCAAAGAAGAGAACCCCCUGUGAUGUUGGAUGGGAACCGCCAGAGGAAGGAUGGAUUCAACUACAAUCUGAUGGCUCCUUUCAUGCUCAGAGUGGGAAAGCAGCAGCAGGAGGUUUGUUCAGGGAUCACCUAGGUAGAUGUUUGGGCGCCUAUGUGUGUAACUUUGGACGAUGCUCAAUCACUGCUGCUGAGCUGCGAGGAAGCUUGGAGGGUUUGAGGAUUGCUUGGAAGGCAGGCUACAGGAAGAUCGUUCUGCACAGCGACUCUACCACUGCCAUUAAUAUCAUUAAACACAGAAAUGAUGAUGUGCAUCGCCAUGGUUCAACUGCCAGGCAUUUGAGCUUUAUUUUGGAUCGACAAUGGGAGGUUAGAGUGUCCCAUGUAUAUAGAGAAGCGAACUAUGCGGCUGAUUACUUGGCCAACAAGGCUCAUGAUUUUGAUUUUGGCACACAUCAUUUCAAUGUGUGUGAUAGGGACUUGAUUAGGUGGAUCAACCAUGAUGUAAUGGGAAUCUCCCAUGAAAGAGCUAUUAUUAAUAUGAAUUAGACGCUCGACGUCUGUCGUUUUACCAAAAAAAAAAAAGUUGGACAAAAAAGAGUGUGAAAUAAAAAGGGUUUGCACCAAAAUUAGGGUUUUGUCACUUUCAGCAAUUGGGAGGUGUUUGUAGUUUGUACUGUAAAACAUUGAUGGAUGAAUGAAUCCAUCAAUUUGCAAGUGUAUGGGAAAAUGGUUGUAACUGUUUGUAAAUUGCGUUUAUGGGUCCCUCCAUUUUGGAGGGUUUUUUUUUGCAUCUCUUUGUCGUUUCCCUAUUUUAUUUGCACAACAAAGUAAGAGGUUGAGGAGGAGAUUAGUCCCUCCAUUUUUGUGGUUUUCGUUUUCUUUUCCUCCUUGUCGUUCUGCCCGUUUUAUGUGCAUGAUAACAAAGUAGAGGAGAUUUAAAGCAAGGUAGGUAUGGACGGGAAAAAGGUUAACAACAAAUUUAAGCAUAUGGGACAGAAUCAAAUGAAAAGAUUAAAUAGAUCAUAUCUAACCAAGAGUUGAAUUGUAUAGCCUUUACCAAAAGCGUAUUUAUUAGAAUCACUCGUUUAUAUAGAAUUUUGAAUGAUAAGUUCAAGGUGUGAAUAAGGCUAGCAGAGCUCACUAAAUAGGCUUGAAGGAGAUGUGUAUGGACGGAACACUUUAGGGUUUUAGUAGUUCAUAUUAUUGUAAGACUAAGGGCAGGCACCAAACUUCCAAGCAUAACCCCUUUACCAACAUUCAACUCCGGUUGUUCUUCAUAUUCAUGAAAACACUUUUAAGUAAAACGGUCCAAGCCAAUCAAGGGCGAGAUCGUAUUCAAGAUUAUCGUAUGUAUUUUGACCUACAUAGACACAUAGGUCACAAGACAAUAUGUAUCAUAAAGAGAAAGUGAAAUGCUACCCUUUGCUGAUGGUUGUGGGCUUGGUGGCCAACUUCCUGGCCUUCUUUUACGUUUCAGCAUGUAUUGUUACUUUCUUCAUUGUUGUCUUCGAAAUGUUAGUCUUUUUUUGACACUUCACUGUUUGCUCAUCCUCUUUCACUGUUAUAUAGUCAUCUUAUCAUGCCAGCCACAAAUAUUUCUCGGUGAGCAUUUCAUCAACUCUUACAGGGUAAAUUGACUAGGAGAGCUAGAAGAAGAUUUGGCAAAGAGAGAGUGAACUGAUCAUCUCAGAGGCAAAGGCAAAUGAUAGAGCGAUGACAACAAUUGUGAAGACAAAGAUGACGUUUCCGACGAUAAUAACGAUAAUACCUCUUUACCACUAAUUUGCACAAACACUUAACUCGUGAAAAGUUGAAUACAUGACUUGAAAUUGUAGGUAGGAGCAACCUCUUGUGGAUGUUGUCUUCUUUCCGUUACAAGAAAAACAACCCUAACCCACUAAAAACUUUCUAUUCACGAACCGAGUAAAAACCUUGUUGAAAUGACCCAUCACCUAAACAAAAAGACAACGAUGAAGUGAAAAUGAUGGAACCCUUUUUGUCUUCAUGUAAAUGUGUUCCUGUGGUGCAACAAAAACUAAGGAGCUCAGCAGUAUUGAAACUUUCAAACUCAGGGAUCGCCCAAGAUCGAUAGUCACUUUCAUCUCCUCCAUUGAAGAGGUCGACUGGCCACAACUCCCCAAAUCGAAAGGAACAAAACAGAGGAAAAAUAAAAACGUCACGAACCAAGAUUUGCACAAUGCCACAGAGAAAACAUUCACUUAACCCAGCUCAGCUGCCGCCUUGGCGAAUCAUAGUAGCCAAGCCCGGCAUGUGUGGUCUUAGAUUUUGUCUUCCUUUGACCGUAUAGGGGAAAAAUUCUUUGAGAGAUGUUGUAUAAGAACAAUUAUAAUUUCUAUCAAGUAACAUACUCUUUCUGUCUUAAUUAAAAUGAACACAAAUCUCUCAUUUCAUAAGGGAUCGUUAUGAUAUUAAAUAAAAAUAUAUAAUGAGAGAGUAUAUAUCCAGCUUUAUAACUCGGUCGGGACAUCUUCGACAUUUCCUGAUAAAUAUGAGGUAUGACA